AUGGUCAACUCAUCUUUCAACUUUGCUGAGUGGCCGCCCGCACUAACCGACGCCCAACGGACACACCUCACUGAACUUGCAACGACCUACGCGCUCUCGCACGGUCUGCUCUAUCUCCCUCCCAACACCGACGCUCUGCCACCCCCAGCACCGACUUCGGCCAUCCAUGCACCACUCUCUCUCCUCCCUGCUCCAUUUCCUCGUCAUCUCUUCCAGAAUGCUUUACGGCUACAGAGGAUAUACAAUGUGUUGUACGCGCGAAUCGCGAUGGACGAGGAGUUCCUGGAUAAGGUCAUGGGCGAGGAAGUCGCACCUGUUGACGAAUUCACGGGCGAACUAUGGAGGAGCUGGAGGAGGCUGAGGGAUGAGGGGAUAUCUGAGUCAUUUCAUCUGGGUAUCUUCCGCUCAGACUACCUCCUCCACGCACCUCAAGACUCAGACGAGCCCGUCUCGCUCAAGCAAGUCGAGUUCAACACCAUCUCGUCUUCCUUCGGUGCGCUUUCUGAUCGUGCUUCGGGUUUGCACAAAUAUCUAUUCGCAGCGACGAACUAUUUCGGAGCAAGCUCAUACCUUAAGGCAGAGAACCUUCCGAAAAAUAAUGCGACAAGCACGGUUGUGGAGGGGUUGGCUGCUGCGCAUAAGCUGUACGGGGUGAAAGAGGCUUACGUUCUUUUUGUCGUUCAACCUGGAGAACGCAACGUGUUCGACCAACGAUGGCUUGAGUAUGAACUUCUCGAACGACAUAACAUUCAUGUCAUCCGACAAACAUUUGACGAAUUCCUCGUCAGCGCAACUGUCACACCCUCCCGAAUACUGCACCUCACACCUCCCUCCAAUCCAUCCUCACUCUCAUCUCAACCAAUUGAGAUAUCAGUAAUCUACUUCCGCGCGGGCUACACUCCCAAAGACUACCCGGCACCCGCGUACUACAAACUCCGGGAAACACUGAGCCGCUCCAAGGCAAUAAGCUGUCCAACAUUAGCCUUACAGCUUGCGGGUGGUAAGAAAGUACAGCAGGUGUUGACAAAGGAAGGUGUACUUGAGAGGUUCCUCCAACCCUCCUCUAGGAAAUUCGGACCGGAGUCAUUUACAUCGGAGGACUUACAAUUACUACGAUCCUCCUGGGUCCAGAUGUUCUGCCUCUCCGACCAACCUUCCAUCUCUCAACCAGAUGGAAUAACCCGUGCAAAACAAGAAUACCAACACCUCGUACUCAAACCGCAACGCGAAGGUGGCGGGAACAACAUCUACCACUCUUCCGUCCCAUCAUUUUUAGAGACACUAGAUGAGAAAGAAAGAGCAGCCUGGAUUGCUAUGAGAUUGAUCGAGCCUCCUGCUGGAGUAGGCGGCUACCUAGUUCGUGCAGGGUCUGGUACUGCCUCCGUUAAUUCCGGUGAAGGAGUGAAAAACGCACGAUCGGACGUCGUGAGUGAGCUAGGUAUCUUCGGUUGGGCACUCUUCGGUGGACCGGGUGGACAAGAGAAGGAAAUCCUGCAAGGAAAGAUCGGGAAUGAGGAUGAGGAUGAGAGCAGAGGAUGUGCAUGGCUUGUGAGAACUAAAGGAAGAGAGAGUGACGAAGGCGGUGUUGCCGUUGGGUUUUCAGUUCUUGACUCUGUGCUUCUGGUGGAUUGA